AUGGGUUAUUGGGACGACUCACGCGGGAAGUUUUUUGCAUUGAUCCUGGGGACGCUGCUUACCACUUUUUUAGUGUUUACGCUGAUAUGGGCUUUGUAUAAACACUGCUGCAAAUGCGUCGUUCCGUAUGGAGUUUGCCAGCCUCUAAAAGUGCGGCUCCUCCACAUUCUGCUGCUUAUGCUCUUUGCCUUGGAUUACGGACUCUGGAAACUGGGUCUUUCCAAAUGGCUUACCUUACUGAACUUGGCGUUCGAUGGAAUUCCUCCAUCUGAUGAUCCAUCCCUGUCAAUCAAGGACACAUUCUUUGAGGGUAUAUUUGUGAGGCUGUACCAACCCAAAGCACCAUCUACUGUUCCACGGAGAGGAAUAAUGUUCUUCCAUGGAGGAAAUGGAAUCUUGGGGAGUGUCAAUUCCUAUGAAAGACUGUGCCGUUACAUUGCCCGAGAAAGCAGUUCUGUACUGGUAUCCGUAGGGUAUCAACUUGCUCCAGACAGCCCUUAUCCGUCACAGUUCAAUGAAUGUCAUGAUGCCACCGUUCACUUUAUGAAGAAUGCAGAAAACUACGGAGUGGACCCUGCCCGUAUUAUAAUUUCUGGGGACAGUUUUGGAGGCACAAUAACUGCUUACCUCUGCCAAGAGCUGAAAAGCAGAACUGAUCUGCCCAAAGUCCGUGCUCAGGUGUUGCUCUAUCCUUUCCUCCAAGUAAUGGACUUUACUUUACCUUCUUACCAGCAGAACAGGUUCUUCCCUCUUCCAAUGCUGAGGGAUUGGGCAAUGUUUGCUGUGCACUAUCUUGGGCUACCCACAUCCUUGGCUGAUGUGGCUACUUCAGGAACCCUUGUCCCUGAAGACAGUAAAAGAAAAUUCGGGAAAUGGGUACAUUGGGAUCUCGUUCCUUACAAGUUUAGAAUGCGAAACCCCAAGCCAACCCCGCCUGCUCCUUCAAAAGAUAAUUUAUUCAAUGUGAUCAAUGAAGUGCUUGGUAGAAAACUUUCCCCGCUUUUGGCUGAAGAUUCCUUUUUAAAAGAACUCCCAGACACGUUCAUCUUAACUUGUGAAUACGAUGUGAUGAGGGAUGAUGGCCUGCUGUAUAAGAAGAGACUCGAAGAGAAUGGCGUCCAAGUUUCGUGGUACCACCUUGAAGAUGGGUUUCAUGCUGUGCUAGUCCUGUUGAAUCACUGGCUUAUCACUUUUCCCUGUGCCAAAACUGGAAUGGACACCGUCAUCAGUUAUAUCAGAGGUCUGUAGA